UUAGUUGUACAUGUUGAAUGUAUAGAAACAGCGACGAAAUUACCAGAAAAAGUACAACAUAUUUUAAAUAAUACACGAAGAAUUAUUCAAGGGACAGAAGUUACAGAUGGAAGACCUUACAUGGUGUAUCUAAAGAUGCCACGAACUAAGAAGAAAAAAGCAAACUACCGCAACUGGCUGUGUGGUGGUGUGAUACUUCACGAGGAAUAUAUUCUGACAUCAGCCGCAUGUAUUCAAGACGCACAACACUUUUAUGUCGUAUCUGGAACUUACAGAUAUUCAGAGGAAGACGAUAGAUUCAGCAGUUCUUGUAUCAAAAAUGGUGCUAAAAAGGCAACGUGGAAAUGUAUACCGAAAAAUUAUGUCUUCGAUGGCCACGAAAAUGACAACAUUAGAUGGAUGAAUAACGACAUAGCGAUCGUCAAGAUCGAGGAAGGUUUUGACUUCACGCGUCGAGUUCGCGGCUGCGAGUUUACACCGAGGCCUAUUAGCUUCAACAAUCAAAGCCACGCCUUGGAAAAUCCUGGUCUCAUCGCCCAAAUUGCGGGCUGGGGGACAACUUCAAAAUACAAUGAUUGGGUGAACCGCAGAAAUUACAAUCAACAGACACUUUUAGAAGCUAAUGUUGAGAUAAUAUCAAAAUCGAGAUGCAAACGCCGCUGGGGCACACGAUAUCACAACAUCAUCGAAAACUACAUGAUCUGCUCCAAGGAUAUCGGACAGUCUAUAUCUGAGAUGUGCAACGAGAAGUACGUUGAUUGCGAAGAUAUUGACUAUUCUGAGGAAGAUAUGAGACGUAAAGAUAUUAAAUUAAGAACCGGCAAAGUUCCAACUAAUUUCUCAAUGCACUCGGCCUUGCAUAAUGAAACUGUAGGCAAUAGUUCUGUGGAUAGAAGAAGUUUUCAUAAUGGGAGACUCGAAGGUGGAUUUUGUGAGAACGAUCAUGGCGGUCCCUUGAUCUACGGCACAGGUACUAACGCUAUCGUGAUCGGCGUCAUAUCCGCCUGCCUGGUGAAGGAAAACUCGAAUAAAUGCUAUGGCCCCUUCCUAUAUACGAGUGUCUUUAAAAACAGACAGUUUAUAUCCUGCGCCAUUUACAAGGAAGUUGAUCAGAAAUGCAGACGUCAGUUCAGAUCUGGAGUGACGCAUGAAGAGCAAUAUUUUUCCUGGAAAGACCAUCCUGAUGGACCUGCAAAGAACGAAUUAACAGAGAAUAUAUCUAACAUAGAAGUAUCGAAUAUUAAAAUUCAAGACAAAGAUGAUAAAGUAUUCCCCAGGAAAGGAUUCAUACUGAGAUCCGCAAACGAAACAACAAUCGAAUAA